CACCUCACACAGAGAACACACCACCACCACCACCACCAUCCUCCUGUGGUCCUUCUGGCUGGCUGGCUGGCUGGAGCCCGGAGGAGGACCCGAGGAGUCGCUGGAGCGGGCGACGCCUGCACGCUCCUCCUGUCACCCUCAGUUACCAGGUAUUGUCUGGAAAAGUAUUAGCUUAGGGAAAAUAAUAUGUAUAUCACUGAGUGAACGAAGCGUACAGUUAACCUCUGCACAACAACUGGUUCAUAAUCAGAAAAGCCUCGAUCUCAAAGGUUUACAAGGAAUGAACAAUGUUUGGGUUUCGAGAGCUGGUUGAGUCUAUGGAGGGCGAAGCUGCUGGAAGCGGAAGCCAAUUUACGCAAGAAAGAAAACUGUUAGACAUAACAAAAGUGGAAAGCGCUUCUCUAAAGAAAGAUAUAAAUAUGAAUUCUAAAUGUGAUAACAACGUAAUCCAAAAAGCUUUCGGAACUUUAAAUUGUGAAACUUGGCAGGAGGGAAGAGUGGCCGACGGUGACAAAUACGAAGACGUGAGUGAACUGAGACGCGCGCAAGAGAGACCAGAUAUUUCAGUGAGGAGCCGGAGGCGCCCUUGUGGGAAGAUGGAGCAUCCGUCGGGUGUCCCGGGGGGCCACGCUACACACACCCUCCCGACAGUGACACGUAAACAACUUACAGCAGGAGACACAACAACAGAGAAAGGGAAGUGGGAACAAAACAUUACAGGUCCAACUCAGACCAAAAUACAGCAUCAACGUACGCCUACAGUAGGCCAAAUGUUUCUCCGGAAUACUGGAAGUAUUGAGAUCGAGAAGAAAAGUGUACAUCACGAGUUUGAGAACCAGAAGUGUAUGUCUGGGGUCAGUGAGUGUCAAUGUCACCAACGGGUUCUUUCUGGUGAAACUGAGUCUCAAAACGCACAUCAGACAAUCGAGUUUCGACGCCAAACUCAACAGUUUCUCCACGACGAAUGUAAUUUUCAAAUCGGACACAAACAGUUUCUAACUGGCAAGAGCAAGUUUCAAUACGAACACGAGGAACUUUCGUCGAACAAUUGUGGUAAUGACCUCAAGCACUACGAGGUCUCUGGUAGCUGUCAGGAGAGAGUUGUGGAACAUGCACCCUCUUCCCUCGUCAUUAAACAAGAACAAAUGAUAGACGAUUCCUUUGAACAUUUCGGAAACGAGUUGAAGGAUUUGAACAGCAGCGGAGAUUCGCUGGCCACGGAUGCCAUGGACAGUACAGUCUCAGUGUGUGGAGGUUCCUGUCAUCUCUACUGCCAACAUUACCAGCCAGAAACUGCCUCUCACCCGACCACCGAACACCGCUCACCUCUGGACAUCCAGUCUCGUGCUUCACACCUCUCUGGAAGGUCCUCAUCACACACCAACACGGGAUUCUACAAGAUCGGUUACAGAACUAAACCCUCCAUGAAUAGUCAACCAAUCGACCAAGCUGCCGUUCCUAAUUCAAGUUGUUCAAAGACUGAUAAAAAAUACAAAUAUGGCAUGAACAAAUUCGUCUCCGAUGAUUGGCUAAGAGUACAUAAUGGUGAGGAUGGAGGUCACUGUCGUGCGGAUUAUUCCAGAGGCGGCAGUGGAGAGAGACGAGGGUUGAUGGUACCUGCAGCAGCUGACAAUAAUAAUGUGUUGAGCGUGGAUAUGAACGAACUCCAAAGAACACAUGGAGGCCAUGCCAGAAAACUGAUGUCUGUGGCCAUGACUCCACCUGUCCUAGAGCAGCAACACGCCUGGCGUCCCAAGGCUUGGCACCACCACACCAAUCACAGACUCCGUGGCAUCAGCGACCUCGAGGCAAGUGCCAGCCAGGAAGACAAUGCCUGGGAGAGCCACACACGUAGAAAAAGCCAGGUGACGACGGAGGACGACGGCAGAGGGGGUAGGAGAGCUGCUUGCCGCCCAGGAGUGCCGACUCAACUCUCCUCACAUCACCGUCAGUCACAACCACCAUUACACAUUUUCAGGUGUGCCAGGUGUGAGGCAGGAACCAGUAACCUGGCGUCGCGGGAGCGGCACCGUCGCCUGCACGCCUCCACCAGGCCCUUCCCGUGCCCUCACUGCUCCUCCAGGUUCAACCAGCUCGUCCACCUCCAGAUCCACCAGAGGACCCACACAGGAGAGAAGCCCUUUCGCUGUCACACUUGCGGCUGCAGCUUUAGUAGGAAAGACAGGUUAAAGUAUCACGAGAGGACACACACAGGGGCCACACCCUACCCGUGCCCUCACUGUGACACCACCUUCAGCAGUGUUGGUGCCCUCAAGACCCACCUCCUCACCCAUGCUGGCCAAGUUCCCUACACCUGCCGCGUCUGCCGCACCACCUUUGUACACCUCUCUACCUUCAUUUCCCAUUGGAGGAUGCAUAGCUAGUGAAGAAAUGUACAACUUUAAUGUAAAGGUUUAUGUCUUAAUUUUGCUUGAAUGCUUAUGGACUAAGGUGUAUCAAAAUGC